CCACUCACACACUGUCCCCAUGAUGGAACGACCCAUCCAUGACACCGUCCAAUCAACACACACACACACACACACACACAGAAAUGGUCUGCAGUGGAUAAGGCCAGUGGGUACAGACAGAGACGGCAACAAGUGCAGCCAGCCCACAGAGUGGACCACCCCAGUCCAUCCGCAUCGCUCGAGUCCUUCUCAGAGAAUGCCCACUAGUCUGAGCUCAACGUGACCCUCUCGCUUCGGCAGCAACGCCCACACUCAUCGGCUCUCUUCAGCUGUCUUGCCAUUGAACGAAUCGCCCCAUCAAAUAAGGCCGUACUCGAUGGUCGUUGCCAGUUCCUAAUACCACUUCACACGUAAUUGGGCGGGCCCCUGAACGAGGUUGCUGCACUCGUGGCCAAGCUUGUCGAGGUCGUAGCCCGGCGGGCACUUCUUCACCUGAAGCACGGGAAGAGACCAGCAAGCACAACACAGACGAGUCAGCUGCCCCUGUGUGUGUCCGUUCGGUGCCUAAGUACCUACCAUUACUGCCCUCUUGGUGUCGAGGCACUCCUUGCCGACCAGUUGUGAGCCGCCGGGGCAUUUGUAUUGCACGGGGAAGUUCUCACGUUCGGUGCAGACGGCAUCCUUGUCCGGCGAGGCUGAGGGACACGACCAACGGACACAACGAGCGAACGUAUCGUCGUCUGCAACAUGGCUUCGUGUGGUGAGGUGAGAGCUCACUCUUGUUGUCAGGGCAGCACGCCUCGGUGCCUGUCUUGGGGCAGCCAGGGCAGUAGGGCGUCGCGGGCGUCAUGUGGUGUUUCACGUAGAAGUGGUUGCUGACGGUGUAGCCCUUCGGGCAGUAGCUGCACACACAAUCGACACAUGCGCAGCACACAUACGCAGCACACACACAGACACACAUGCAGGUGGACGCCUCAGGGUACGUCUGGGGGUGGGUGGCUUACGUCUGGGGCUUGACUUUCUCGAUUCUGCAGCAGAUGUUCUCAUGACAGAGGUGGUAGCCCUCCGGGCACUUCGGUUUGGCCUUGGUCUGCCGUGGUUGCCACAUUUCGCCAUGGCUGCGAUGCUCCCUGGCACCGCCGUUGAUGACGAAGCCCACUCCGAUCAUCAGGAGGCCCACACACACGGCAGCCAGCAGCCACCAACGCCCCUUCAGCCAUCCCCAUGAGGACGAACUGACCAGGGAGGGAGGGAGGGAGGGAGGGCGGUAACACCACACACAUUGAACCAUCGGCCAAUUAGCGGUGGUGCUCGUUGUCUUACCUCUUGUCGGGUGUUGUGGCGCCGUCAAUGCCGUCAAUGCCGAUCAGCCGAUACUCAAGAAAAAUGGGUUCCCUCCGCGAGACUUGUGGCGGAACCAUGACCCGCCGCACCUCACCCACACGCAUAUCGAUGUGGACCUCCUGGGCCCACCAAGCCAGCUCCGAGACCACUGUACUUCUUUGUCCCUCAUUGUCUAUUUCGCCGUCAAAUGCGUCCCGCCAGGCGAUCCGGUGGUACGUGAUUCGCUGUGUACGUGUCGGCUUGGGCCCCCUACCCUCGCGCAGUACGCGAUACAUCAUGCUCGACGCAAUCGGGUGAAAUACCUGCAGCAUGACAGACAGACAGACAUGUGGCGAGAACACCAAACCCUUUUGCACCAAACCCUUUUUGUGGGCACCCUCUCUGUGUGCCAAGCGUGUCGUCAACAGUCUUGACGCCGUACAUGGCGGCAUUAAUUUCGAAUGCCUCCUGCUCUGUCGCACUGGCCAUCUUCAGCGGCGCGGCGAUCUCAUCGGGCGAGGCACCAAGCCGUCUACGGCGAUAGUGGUCGACCAUACGGCUGACAUGCUCGGGCGGGACGUCCUCCACUGGCCGAGACCACCUGCACAGACACUCACGGGGCGAGCAGCCGUCAAUCGUGGUGUGUCUACUGCUCUUGAAGGCCUACAUGUUCAAUCGGUUCCGCAGGUUGUCAUUCAUGUGGUCGACGGUCGACUGUGUGGUGGCGAUGGUGUGGCCGCAGACCUUCACUGAGUGAAUGGGGUCGUCGCCACUCAGAGGCAUCAGGAAAGGUGUGACAGCCUGUUGGUUCACACACACACACACACACACACAGAGAGAGAGAAAGAGAGAGAGAGACAAAGAGGGCGCAAGAGAUGGAUCGCUGGCUCCCUCUUUCGCCCCCAUUGUUUCAUCUCACCUUGAUUUCGUUGUCGAGGUUCUCAUAUCGUCGUUUGACCGCCGCGAGCUCGCUCUCCAGCUGGGCCUUCUCAGCAACAAACGCCUUGACAAAAGAGCCGACCGCCGUCAUGAAGUCACCCAGGCCCUCAGGGGUGCCUGUUGCCGGCACCGUCGGCUCAGUGACCUCACUGUGAGUCGCCUCUGCUGCUGCAGCAUCCUUGUCGAUUGGCGACAGCAUCAGCUUGACCCAGUAGUCAUGAAGCCCUGCACGUGUUCGUCCACACCAGAAGCCAGCCAUUCGCACCAUGGUGAUCUAUCCACGGCGGCCCUUCCCCUCUCUCCAUCUUCACUCACCAGCGAAGUUUCGCUCUUUGGCUUCCUCGAAAAGGUGGCUGAUAGACACCUGCCUACUGGCCGUGCGCGCCGUCGCGCUACGGAUGGUCUCCGCAUCCAAGAUGGCCCUGUGGAUGAGCUUGAAGGCAUCAGCGUCCAUGUCAAUGAACAUCCGCUCCUUGCUGUCCCUGUCGGUGAGCUUGAUGAGCCUCCCGUCCCAGCUCCCAGAGAAGAUAGUGGCCAGCAGGGUGCCCUCGACCCCCUCUCCAUGUGUGAGCCGUCGGCGCUUGACACUCAGCUCGUAGCCGCCGAUGUUGAGCAGCAGGACGUCGUCAGGGGAGGCAUUCGCCGCAUCCGAUGCGCCAUGUUUCUGCCGCUCUUGCUGCAGGUCGGCCUCAGCCUGUUGAACCUGUUGGUGAAGGGAGCCGAUAGCGUCACUGGCGGCGGCUGCUGACGCGUUGAAGUGGUUGAGAAUCGAGGUCACGCUGAAUCUCUCCGCUGCCAGGUCAGCCAUCUUGGGUGUAAGCCACGAAACGCCGACUGCAUCAAAGGCGUUGCACACAUAGAUGUGCGUGCGUCGAUGGACAGAUCUCUCUCUUUUCCCUUGUUUGUGGCACCUCCUCACCCGCCUGAUCUGCUCAAGAAGCCCUCCG